AAGUAAAAUAGUUCGGACAGAGUUCGGAUUGUGCUUUGCUAUGAGAAAUUUGUCAGAGUUUAUAAAUUUCUCAUGCCACCACUUUUGACGGCAUGCAAGCACCUGUAAACUGGACCAACCCCUAAGCUCUGAGUCAGAAGAAGUCCGUCAGACUUGUUUUGUAUUUGUCCUGAAAUUCUAUUGCAUCAGUCAGAGACUUUGACAGGAAACUCUGUGGCCAUGUAUUCGAAUAAGUAUUUUAUACUUGCCUCUCUUUUAUUAGUUUUAAUGAACAUUGACUGGAUAUCGGCAUCUUUUAAAGAACGAGACAAAGUUCUCUACAAGGAUCUAGGUACACUUUAUUUUUCUCCUGGAGAGAAAACCCGUGCCCGUCGGACGUAUUCUGUGCCGCAACUAGUUUGCUUGAAGGGGUGUCAUUACCCUCAACCUAAACAAAUACAGUGUACCAAUGCUGGUUGGGAUGGUACUUCCAAUCUGUGGAAAUGCAAGUCCGAUUUAGAUUCUAACUACGCCUUAGAUAGCCCUGAAGUAAUAUGUGAAGGCUACAGUAGUCCUGAUGAUGCGUAUGUAACUGUCGGUUCAUGUUCAUUGGAGUAUUCUAUUAAGCCCCGAAACGUGAAGAAUGGAGGUGGUUUGGAAGUUGCAUCCAUUCUUUUCUUUCUGUUUUGUCUAUUCCUGAUAGUAGUACUUUGUAAAAUAUUCUUGUGGCCUGAUAAUGAGCAACUUCGUCAAAACAGUUUUACCGAUGAUGAUGGGCCUGAUGACGGACAUGGGCCUAAUAAUGGAAAUGGGCCUCAAAUGGGCUGGAAUAUACCCGGCAUGAAUCAACAAUAUCGACGCCAUCGAGGAGGAUUCGCACCCAGGAGUGACUCAUGUGGAAAUCAACAAAAUCAGAGGUCUGGUGGAGGGGGAGGAGGUUUUUGGACUGGGCUUGCAGCAGGUGGUGUCUUGGGCUACAUGAUGGGUGGCAAUCGGGGUCGCAAUGAUGGCCAUGGUUACAAUCGCAUGUCUGCUCCUUCAUUUGGUGGACUUGGUGAAGGUUAUUCCAAUAGACGAUCAAGCGGACUGUUUACUCCUGGAGAUGGAGAGUCAUCAAAUUCAGAAUCUGUCACCACAGCUCGCUACCGACAACGCUAGUUAUGACAUGUACUUAUGGGCACAACUGCUGUAUGUGUGAUUAAUGAGACUUAUGAUAGGCGUAAUUUAUUAAAUUAUUGUUACCUCCUCCAUGAACCAUUAUCCAAAGUCCGUUUUAUUUCUUAUUUAAUUGUGAUUGAACAUGAAGCAGUUUUCAUGUGAAUCUUUUUAUUUUUCUGUUCACUAAUUUUAAUUCUUAAUUAACUGCUAAAUGCAGUUUCUUCCUUGGCCACUGGCCUUAUUGUAAUAAGUUAAAAAGAUAUUUCUCCUUGUUUUUAAGAAAACCUGAUUCUUAUCAUUGGAAGAAACAAGAUCUUUUUUUGUUCUUUAAAAAAAAUGGCAUUAGUGAAUAAAUAAACGAGAUGUUUUUCUUUCCUAAA